CAAAACACCCAAUAACUUCAAAUCUAAUCAAAGCACACUGAAUCUGAUCACUCGAUCCUCCUCCCAUCCUUCAAUCCCUGUCAUGUCGCCCCUGACAUUCAACAUCAUCCGGCAAUCAACCCAGUUGUCUGCCGCCCGCCGCGGUACCGUGGCCAUGACCCAGGCCCCAGCAGCGCCCUCGACUAUCACUUCAGACAUGGACAAGGACCUCUCAGGCACUGCAGUGGCAACGAAGCGGGUGAUCGAGACACCGGGUUGCUUUAUGUAUACGGUCAAGGGUUCGGUCCCGCACCUCACACCAGACACGUUACGGCUCCAAAGAUAUGGCGGUGUGAACGUCAGCAUCGAACAGAUCAUGCAGGAUCACCAGCCUUCAGGAUUCGACAAAUGGCCCUUCACGCUUUCAAAAUACCUCCAUUUGCAAGAUUUCAUUCUCAUGUGCGACAUCCGCGACUCGUCACGCUAUACAAAGGUUCCGUACAACUCGAAUCGCUAUGUGUCCAUGCUGACCCAGCAAGGAGUGCGCCAAUUGACGUUGGAAGACUACUUCAAGGUAGUGCGAGCUUACGAACCUGAUAUCGUCGCCGCAUUUGCAGACACGAUUUCGGAUCUUGACCAGACAGAGACAGGCAAGCUGAUCGGCACAGAGACAGGAUCAAAGCGUGUCAAGAAGAGCGUAGAUAGGAGUCUCAAGUGGCUGGACCAGAUUCUGAGAGAGAGGCAAGGAUACGAUGCACUGGCAGAGGAACGCGCUAUGGAGGAGGCCAAGAAGAAACUGAGGAAGGAAAAAAUGGAGGGUCAGAGUCAAGCGGGCGAUGGAUAUGGUACUGUCAACCAGAUCGUGCAGGAGACCAAGCACCUGACACUGGACUCACUGGGCAUUGAAGGCAAGAAGACUGGGACACCUUGGACUGGCGUCAGUGUGUUCGCACAUGUGGUGGGUGCCCAGAUGGAGCAGGAACGAAUCCGCAGCGCACAGGAGACAGCGAAGCGUUCAGACGUAGACGGCUUCAUUAUCGAUACACUAGCCUUGCCAGGAUCCAGGGACGAUGUAUUGAAGCUGCUCAAGGCUUCUAUCGACCAGCUGCCGACUGAAAAGCCGAGAAUAGUGUAUGGCAUGCAGGCACCAGAGGACGUCCUGAGAGCGAUCGCACUCGGUGCGGACUUGUUCGACACUUCGUAUCCACUCCAACUGACAGAAGAUGGCAAGGCAUCUCUCUACAGCUUUGGGGCACCUUCAGCGGCCACACCCAAUGAAAACGGCAGCAGCGGUACAAAUGCGACAGUAAAACGCUGGAUCAACCUGUGGGACGAUGAGCAUGCGGACAAGUUUGUGCCGCUCCUCGAAGGCUGCGACUGUUAUGCAUGCAAGGGUGGGCGCCAUACCCGCGCCUACAUUAAUCACCUGUUGAAGGCUCAUGAGAUGCUCGCCACUGUCCUGCUGAUGAGCCAUAAUAUGCACCAAUAUUCAAAGUUCUUCUCCAAUGUUCGUCAAUCGAUUCAAGAUGGGACAUUCGAGCAGCUCUCUACAACGUUCGUUGAAACGUUCGGAGCAGAACCUGAGCGAACAGGCGAGAUCCAUGCGGCUCAGGCUGCUGUUGAGGCGGCGCUGUCGAAGCGUAACAGACUGGACGGCAAUGUCUCUAACGAUGGAGGCGCUGCAGGAAUCGCUGCGAAGCUCGCGGUGGAGGAAGAGAGGAAGCAAAAGAAGGACCAAAUGAAGGAGGCAAGGCGGGCACGGAAAAAGGAGGAAGGGAUGAAGCGCAUGGUGAACAAGAAGGAGAUGAGAAUGGAGAAGAAAAUGCGUGAGGAACAGCAACUCGAAGACCAGCAGGAACAGGGACAAGGGCUAGUCCAGCAAGGUCAGGACAUCCCUGAGGAAAAGAGCGAGAAAUCAUAGGGCAUUCAAUAAAGAUCCUUGACGACAGUUAUCUAUGAACUGCACGCUGCUCUUUUUCAUUGUGCUAUGUCUACACUCUCGGCC